UUGUUGUCUCCCAUGAAAUGUUGGACUGAAGAAGAAAGGCGUUUGAUACGAUGAGGAUCCUAGACUUGUUCGUGGUCGCUUCUAUGCCGAUUCUGAAGGUGCUCCUGGUGACGGCACUCGGUUCAUUUCUUGCCUUGGAUUGCAUAGAUGUUUUGGGGGAGCACGCAAGGAAGCAACUGAAUAAUGUUGUUUUUUUCGUGUUUAAUCCCGCAUUGGUCUCAAGCAACUUGGCCAAAACAGUCACCUUUGACAGCAUUGUUAUGUUGUGGUUCAUGCCAUUCAAUAUCCUGAUGACGUUUGUUCUAGGCACAGCAAUAGGAUGGGUAUUAAUAAAAACCACAAAAGCCCCUCAACAUCUAAGAGGUCUUAUAUUGAGCUGCUGUGCAGCAGGGAACGUGGGUCACAUACCCUUAAUUGUAGUUCCAGCAAUCUGUGCGGAGAAAGGCAGUCCCUUUGGAGCUCCUGACAUUUGCCAUACGUAUGGAAUGGCUUAUGCUUCACUUUCCAUGGCGAUUGGAGCUGUUUACUUGUGGUCCUUCGUAUACAACAUAGUCCGAGUUUCCUCGGCAAAGGUCAACAACGAAGUUAUCAAGUCUAAUAGCCCUGGGGGCUCGCCGUUGCCGACUUCAUGUGAUCAAGAGAACUACUCCGAUGCGCUUCUUCCGUCCAAAGAUUGCUCCAUUUCUUUGUAUACACAUGAAUUGUCAUUAGCAUGCGCCAAAUCAAAGGGAACCGUCAAGGUAUCAGAUUUUGCCAAGGCCUGGCAGUAUUUAAGGAUAAUAUUUAGAAAACUCAAUUUGAAGGCUGUAUUCGCACCUUCAACUACGGCUGCGUUUGUUGGAUUCUCUAUAGGUCUAGUUCCCCAAACUCGAAAUCUAGUAAUUGGUGGCAAUGCUCCCCUCCAUGUGGUUCAAGACUCUGCUUAUCUUUUGGGGGACGCAGCCAUCCCAAUCGUGACCCUGAUAGUCGGAGGAAACCUUCUAAGAGGUUUGAAAGGACAAGCUGGUAUUUGCAAGUCAUUGGUGAUCGGAGUAAUAGUUGUUCGGUUUGUUAUCCUCCCAUUUCUGGGCAUUGCCAUCAUAAAGACGGCAGUCCAGUUCGGUGUGGUGCACUCGGAUCCAUUAUAUCAGUUCAUUCUUCUGCUACACUACGCACUCCCACCGGCCAUGAAUAUUGGCACAAUCACCCAAUUAUUUAGAGCCGGAGAGAGCGAAUGCUCUAUGAUAAUGCUGUGGACGUAUGGGUUGGCCUCUAUUUCGCUUACGCUGUGGUCCACCGUGUUCUUGUGGUUAGUGGGUUGAUUAAUUCUUAAUUGUUCCUUCCUAUUAUUCUCAAUAAUAUUGGACUUGUAAACUUAUUGC